UUCAAAUGUCAUCUUACUAUUAGUCUUAGUGCAGUUAGGCUGUAGACAAAACAUUCAUUUGUUUUGAUAGAACUAACACAUGCCUGUAUAACCGAAAGUAAGAAAAUUAAGCAUUAAUAUAUAUAUUCAUAAUGUUUCAGUGACCUAUGAACAAAAACAAUGUCUACAAAUAUUUGGCAGCUGCAUGUUUGCAACUGAAAAUUAUGUUUUUAAAUCAUUUGUAAUAACUUCAAGUCACUGAAGUUCUAGGCAUGUUUAAUUGUCUCAAAUAAUAUCACUAGUAUUAGUAGCAUCUAGCCUAUCAAGCGUCUGUGUGUUUGUGACGAUUAAAUGUAUGUUCUGAAAAUGACGGCCUUGUUUAGUCUAUUCUAACACUAUUAUUAGCACAUACAGAGCCCUAAUCAACAGAUCCGUUCACCAUAAUUCCUUACAGCUCCAGUGUCGCACAAUGUUCUAGGACAGUGCGUCAAAUAAAAGACAUGUAUGCGCAGUUGAAAUGUCGAGCCAAAAAAAAGAGUCUGACAGAAAAGAAACUGGAGGGGGGCCUCCAGCUGUAUUAACCACCGUGGAAGACCUGGUCAUAGAUGGCAUCCGCGACAAGCCACAGCUGAUUGGCAUUCCGGGUGGCAUUGAUUCAGGCGUGGCUGAUGUGGCUGAGAUGGCAGACACUGAUGAAGCCUCAGCCAAGUGUACACUAACUGUUGCUGAGUGUACAUCAAAGCCUGCAACUGCCUCGAAUGUAGCCACUUCUUCAACAUCAAGACCAUCAAAAGAAUCGUUGAAAAAGAGAAAGAGAAACAGAUGCUAUGAAGAAGAGCUGCUUGAGCUGGAAACAAUACGUGCACAGGCUGAGUUGGACCUGUGGUUGCAGAGGCAACAGCAGGAAAAACAGCUACAUGAUCUUAGAAUUAAGGUGAUCACAGAGGCUGCAGAGCAAGAGAGACAACUUUUUACUUUAAAAAAAGAGUUGUUAAACUCAAAUAUAAAGUCUGCAAUGGAUCAAGGCCUUCUUUUGUUUGAAUCUUAAACUUAACAUGUUUCUAGGGGCAUAUCGACUGCUAAUAGACAAGUUAAAUAGCUAUUAUUUGCAGAAACAGCUACAUAGGACUGAUUUAUGCAUGUUUUAUUAAUUAAAUGUAUAAAUAAUGUGUGACACUCAAAUAUGAAUAAGUGAAACACCACUUACCAUAAAUAAAGGACCAAGUUUGGUAAAUGAUGAAAGUGCUAUACUGAUGGGCAGAUGGUGUUCCACUUAUUCAUAUUUUAAUGUCAUACAUUAUUUAUACAUUUAAUUCACAUAGCAUGCAUGAAACAGUCCUUUGUAGAUUUUGCUGCAAAUAAUAUCCAUUUAACUUGUUGUUAGCAGUAAAUAUGCCCCUUGAAACAUGUUUGACUCAAGAUAUAUUUGUGUCCGGUGAAAUAUUUUACAACUGACAGGCCAUAUGGGGGGCAUGCAUGUUUUGCAUACAGCCCUUGUUAUUAUAUAACUAUAUGUUCUUAAAAGAAAGAUUCUGCGAUGUGGUCUCUGUAACUGUUUCCAGACCCAUCUCCUUCAUAAACAACACGUGGCUGAUCUGUGUCAUCCUCACAUGUUCGUGAAAACAUGUCUUGCCUCUCUAAUCCAAUGUUAUGAAGAAUGACACACGCGACUGUUAUUUUGGCUGCUCUGUCAGGUUUUACUCUAAGUCCAUAAUGUAGACAUGGAAACCUACGCUUGAGAACGCCAAAAGCUUGCUCGAUCACCACUCUUGUAUGACAUAAGGAUAUGUUAAACCGUUCCUGUAAAUGAAACAACAUACUAAUAAUAUUGCAAUCAUUCCACUAAAUGUUAAGAACUAAUGCUAGUUUGGUGACAUUUCUUUAUGCCUGUAAGUAAAUAUUAAACCUUUUCAUGAUGAUUAGUAUUUAUGCCCCCCUUCGAAGAAGAGGGGGUAUAUUGCUUUGCUCAUGUCGGUCUGUCGGUUGGUCCGUCCACCAGGUGGUUGUCAGACGAUAACUCAAGAACGCUUGUGCCUAGGAUCAUGAAACUUCAUAGGUACAUUGAUCAUGACUAGCAGAUGACCCCUAUUGAUUUUGAGGUCACUAGGUCAAAGGUCAAGGUCACGGUGACCCUAAAUAGUAAAAUGAUAUUCGGAUGAUAACUCAAGAACACUUUUGCCUAGGAUCAUGACACUUCAUAGGUACAUUGAUCGUGACUCGCAGAUGACCCCUAUUGAUUUUCAGGUCACUAGGUCAAAGGUCAAGGUCACAGUGACAAAAACGUAUUCACACAAUGGCUGCCACUACAAUGGACAGCCCAUAUGGGGGGCAUGCAUGUUUUACAAACAGCCCUUGUUUUGUUUAAUCUAAGGUUAACACAAUUUAAUUCUGAAUAUGUUACAUUGUUUUAAAGAUCCAUUUAAUAACUAUACCUUACAAGGACUGUCGGUGUUUUGAUAUGGUGUCAUAAGAUACCUCUUGCAUCCAUAGCCAGAGUCACCAAGCAGAAGACCGUCGAUUUCACCUGUUAUAAUAAAAAAGAAAGAUCAUUUUGCAGCACUGUAAUGUCAAACAACGAUAUCAAGCAGUGUAUUGUUUAAUGCAUGCAAGUUUAUGACAUAGUUAUAACGUUAUUGAUGUAAUAUGUUGUUGUUUAUGUUACAUUUAAAUAAUUGUGAUAUUAGUUACUGUGAUCAUUUGGAAUGAUGUGAUUUCAAUGAAGUUCAAUUUUUGUUGUUAGUAUGAAUUAUUUAUUGGGCUGAUGAGACGCUAAUUCAAUUGUGUCAUUGCGUAAAAAAGUGAUGUUUUAAGUUGCUUUCAUUUGUCAAAUGUGAUGUGAUAAUAAUACAUGUGAUCGUUUUAAAAGCUGUUAUAUAAAAUAAAACCAGACUUGACAGAUAGAUAGAUGGAUGGAUGGAUGGAUGGAUGGAUGGAUGGAUGGAUAGAUAGAUAGAUAGAUAAUUUAUAUAUAUGGCUGGUGAUCAAACCUACUUGAAAAGAUGGAAACGCUUCAAUAAAAUAAAAUUGUGCUUGUUAAUUUUGAUGUACCGGUAAUAAUUCUGUGCUUAAAUAAAUGUGUGCAAUGAAUGAAUAAAAUCAUAAUACUGA